AUGGUGGUCGUUGAAAAGCAAACUUCCCAAGUCGGCGAGACUGCGCCAAGGAACAGCACGGAGAUAGACACGGUGCGCCUGGAGGCUGCUCUAGGUCAUAAACAGGAGCUGGUGCGGAAUUUCGGGCUCUGGAGUGUAACGAGCUUGGGAAUUGUGAUCGCCAAUUCCUGGGCCGCGACUGGUGGCACAAUUGUGACUGCACUCAUGAACGGAGGCCCAAUGGCUCUGCUUUAUGGCUUGAUACUUGUCAGCAUCUUCUAUACGGCGAUUUCGGCGUCGCUGGCCGAAUUGGCAUCCUCCAUGCCCUCCGCAGGCGGAGUAUAUUACUGGUCGACGGUGCUGAGUGGCAAGCAUGGUCGCGCCGCCGGAUUCUUCACGGGCUACCUCAAUGCAUGCGCCUGGCUCCUGUCGGCUUCGUCGAUGAGCUCUAUGUUGGGCAAUGAAGCGGUGGCCAUGUACUUGCUUCGGCAUUCUGACGUCACCUGGCAGUCCUGGCAGGUGUUUAUUGUGUUCCAGGUUGUCAAUUGGACCUGCUGUGCAAUCGUCUGUCUAGGGAACCGGUUUAUUCCUCUGAUUAAUCGGAUCGCACUGAUUCUAUCAAUGACCGGACUCUUCGCAACAGUGGUGGUUCUCGCCGCCAUGCCAAAGACACACGCGACCUCUUCGCAGGUAUGGACGCAAUACUAUAAUAUGACUGGCGGCUGGUCCGAUGGGGUGUGUUUUAUAACGGGGCUGCUUAAUGCUGCCUUCGCCGUGGGGGUUCCUGAUUGUAUCAGUCAUUUGUCUGAAGAAGUUCCUAAGCCCCAAAUCAAGGUGCCGCAGGGCAUGAUGCUACAGAUGUUGACAGCCUUCUCCACCUCCUUCAUCUACCUGAUCGCUCUCUUCUAUUCGAUCCAAGACAUUGACACUAUAUUUAACACUAAUGUGGGCUACUUUCCUACCGCUGAAAUCUACCGACAAGCGACAGGAUCCACUACCGGUGCUAUCGGACUUAUUGCGGUGCUGUUUCUAGCUACCUUCCCAACCCUAAUCGGCACGUUUGUCACUGGAGGUCGGAUGUGGUGGAGCUUAGCCCGGGACAACGCAACACCUUUCUCAAACUACUUCGCCCAGGUGCAUCCUACAUUGAACUGCCCGGUCCGUGCCACUGUCGCGAUGAGUGCGCUGGUUACCUGUCUCGGCUGCAUUUACGUCGGCAGCACAACGGCAUUCCAGGCCCUCAUCUCGUCCUUUAUCGUGCUGAGCACUUUAUCCUAUUUUGGGGCUAUCCUCCCCAAUGUGUUGACUGGCCGUCGGAACAUAGUUCCCGGGCCAUACUAUAUGGGCAAGAACCUAGGAAUGGUGGUGAAUAUCGUCUCGUUGGUGUACAUUAUAGUCACCGUGGUAUUCUUCUGUUUCCCAUUGGUGAUGCCUGCCACCGUUCAAAACAUGAAUUAUACGAGCGUCAUCACUGUCGGCUUGAUGACAUUGACCGCGGGGUGGUGGUUUGUCCGCGGGAGAACCGAGUACCGAGGCCCACAGUUCAGCUUCGAGGCAGCUAAGCAAUUGACGUGUGUACAAGCAGGCAAGGAGAGCGGCAGCCCUGUAAUGGCGCCGACAGAGGAUUCUACGCCAGGUUCCCUUGAAGAGCAUGGGCGGGUGGAAUGA